UCAUUAAUUAGCGAUUGCAUUUGUUAUCAAGGGAAAUCUGCUGUUAAAGGGUUGAUAUAUCGGUAAAGUUAGAUCCAUUGUAUUGCACAACUUUGGUUGCUUUAUAUAUUGUGGGCAUUACAUUAUGGAAGGGGUGAACGCCAAGCAUCAGCAAGUACUGCUGCUAACUAUGGGUGAAAUAAACCAGCGCAUACGGCAGGCUUUGUAUACAUCUGAUGUCGGUUGUCCUGAGACGGUUUACUAUGAGUUGUCGCAGGCCACUCAUGAUCCUAUAUACCGUGAGCGUAUUUUGAAGGCUGCGUGGCGCUGCCUCAAUUCACAUGUUUCUCGGUACAAGCGCAUUAAAAAAGCACUAUGCCUGUUGACAUAUCUCGCUUUGAAUGGUCAUGAGGCUUGCAUCACUGAGAUAAUCAAUCACAUUGACGACAUAACAGCUCUGCACGACCUCGAGUACCCAGCCCAUGGUAUGGAAACUGCCUCAAUCAUAAAGGAUAAGGCUAUAGAUUUGAUUAAUCUGGUUUGCAACCCUCCUAUUUUGGAGCGUCGGAGACGCGAGGUUGCUUCGCUGCGGUCUCGCUUUAUUGGCGUGACUGCUCACAACGGCCGGGUUGAGACGCAGGCAAUCCACAAGCCCAUAUACACAGUUGAUCCUAAGAACGACCUUUUAUGGGUAUUGCCGCAGAUAGCUUCUCAGAAGUGGGCUGCCUUUUCCAAUCUCGUGAAAAACACAGGUUUGAAUAUAAGCAAGAAGUACAAUUCCUUGGUAUGCAAGAAGGGAGCGAAUGGGCGCACCAAUUCAUCUGACAUGUAUCCCGUAUUGCGUACCAUGGGUGACCACACCGCAGUUGGCUACCGCGGCAGUUCUAUGCAUGAGCCAAACUCUCCAUACAGCAGGACUUUGGGCAACCCUGAGUAUUCCUACCGCGCACGUAUGUAUCGUAGAUCGGUAAGCUCCAGUAUGGACGAGGGCAGUGUUACAUCUUCAUCGGAUUCCUUCGCUCGUCAUUUACCUCCGCACAACAGCUCUCGUCGCAAGAGCAUAGACACGCUUUCUGGAUCAUCUGGGAGCAGCAGUGCAACGUCCUGGGAGCAACCACAGGACCAUCGUGUAAGACACGGUAGUGACAACCCGUCGUCUAGAAGAUUGCAACACACCAAGAGGAGUGGCUAUAGGAACGAUCUGCUGUCUCCGCAUUACAAACGUCCAGUAAGCAUGGACCACAUUGAGGUUUACGGGGCAAAUUACGACGAUUGCUCAAUUGUCAAUGGGCAUGGCUAUAGGGUUGAGCACAGCAAGACUCUUGGGGAUGAGAUGAAAGCGUUGAGCUUGGGCCCUUCCGGGAAUUCCCUUGAUGGUUAUGCGAGGCCAGGCCGUAACUACCGCAUCGAUGACAAAGCGACCUAUCGAUACGAUUCACCUGAAAUGAGCCGUGGCAUCGAUUCAUAUAAGCACUUCCCUCGUUACUGAGU